UACCGUAUAACAAAUCAUUAUUCCGUUUCCCUGAAUUCAUCUGCAGUGCCGCCUCCUGGACAGAAAUGUCUCCAAUGCAAACUGCAAUAGAAGCUCGCAGUCUGUUCGUGCAUCUUCUCACUAAAAGCUGGAGAGGACCGGAGCGCAGAGAAAGCGGCAUGGCUGGGAGAGUACUUCUGAGCCCAAACACCUUAAUCCUCCUCGGGGUCCUUUUGACUGGGACCUGUGCGGCAGGGGGAGGCGGGGGACCAGGGCUGCUCGGGGAGGAGAGCUACAGAGAGAACGACAUGGAUAGCCCGUGCGAAGUGAAGACAGUAACGGUGUCCACCCUGCCUGUUCUUCGGGAGAAUGAGUUCAGUUUUACCGGGGGAGGUGCAGGGAGCUUAGCUGGAGGAGGAGGGGAGUCCCGGCUUCUGCUUUUCGUCAGGACCGACCUUCCCGGGCGGAUCUCGGUAUUGGAUGACCUGGACAACACCGCUCUACCUUACUUCACACUGGAAAUGUCGGGGACGGGUGUGGAUAUUUCCCUGGUGCAUUGGAAGCAGCAGUGGCUGGAGAAUGGUACCCUCUACUUCCAUGUGUCCAUGAGCAAUGCAGAGCACCUGUCCCAGGUGACGGCCCCCCCUCUCCAGGAGCCCUCGGAGAUUGUGAACGAGCAGAUGCACGUUCUCCAUAUUUCUGUCAUGGGCGGUCUGAUUGCGCUGCUGCUCCUCAUCCUGGUCUUCACCAUGGUCCUGUAUGCCCGGCGGCGAUGGUGCAAGAGGAGGCGCGUCCCUCAGAAGAGUGCCAGCACAGAGGCCACCCACGAGAUCCACUACAUCCCCUCGGUGCUGCUGGGACCCCAGGCCCGGGACAGCUUCCGCAGCUCCCGCGUCCAGGCACACAACUCCGUCAUUGGGGUGCCAAUCCGCGAGACCCCCAUCCUCGACGACUAUGACUACGAGGAAGAGGAGCCCCACCGGCGAGAGGACGACUUCGGCAGCCAAGUGACUCGCACCCUGGACAGCCUGGGCAAAGGAGAGGACGAGAAACCCUGCUUUCAGACAAGAGCCAUUGACCCCAAACAAGACGCGGUGGAGUCCUUGGUGCAGAAGUUCAAGGAGAGUUUUCGAACGAACACGCCCAUCAAGAUUGCUCAUGUGCAGCAGGAGUCCCACAGCUCCUCCACAAGCAGAACGAAGAGGAGGAGCCGUUCCAGAGGCAGGGCUGUGUUCAGCAAGAUGGGAGGCUCGGGGUCGGAGGCAGACGACGAGACCCCACUCAAGUUCUACACAGAGCAGCACAGGGGCCGGAGGAGGAGCAAAGGUUCUCCCAGAAGCCAUGUGAAUAAGAACACCCUGACAUUACUGGUAGUGAGUAGCUGUGUCCUGGCGGUGGUGUACGGGAGUCAGCUGCCCUGCCCCCUUACUGUGAAGGUUACUCUGCACGUCCCUGAGCACUUCAUUGCUGAUGGAAGCAGUUUUCUGGUGAGCAUGGGAAGCUAUCUGGAUGUGUCGGAUUGGUUAAACCCUGCCAAGCUCUCUUUGUAUUACCAAACCAACUCCACCUCCCCUUGGGUUAGAGACUACUGUGGGCAGAGAACGACAGCCCCCUGUGAGCAGCUCUGUGACCAGGAAACUGGUGAAUGCAGCUGUCAUGAAGGCUACUCCCCUGAUCCUGUGCAUAAACAUCUUUGUGUGAGGAGCGACUGGGGAGAGAAUGAAGGCCCCUGGCCGUACACAACGCUGGAACGAGGUUAUGACCUGGUCACGGGGGAACAGGCUCCAGAGAAGAUAUUCAGAUCCACGUACAGCCUCGGGCAGGGCCUGUGGCUGCCGGUCAGUAAGAGUUUCGUGGUCCCUCCAGUGGAGCUCUCCAUUAAUCCCCUGGCAAGCUGCAAGACUGACGUGCUGGUCACAGAAGACCCGGGGGAUAUCAGGGAAGAAGCUCUGAUGUCUACAUAUUUCGAAACCAUUGAUGAUCUCCUUUCUUCCUUCGGGCCAGUGAGGGACUGUGCCAAGGAAAAUGGGGGAUGUAGAAAAAACUACAAGUGUGUUUCAGACCGGAAGGUGGACUCUUCAGGAUGCAUGUGUCCGGCAGGUCUGAGGCCAAUGAAGGAUGGGACUGGUUGCUAUGACUACGCCAAAGGCACAGAUUGCUCGGAUGGUUUUAAUGGGGGGUGUGAACAGCUAUGCCUUCAGCAACUGGUGCCCUUGCCCGAGGACCUCACCUCCAGCAAUGUUCUCAUGUUCUGUGGGUGUGUGGAGGAGUACAGACUGGCAGCAGACGGCAGGUCGUGUGUCUUGCUCUCAGAUGCCUGCGAGGGCCCCAGGUGUCAGAGGCAGGACGCCAGGCUCAAUGACACCCUCUUCGGAGAGAUGCUGCACGGCUACAACAACAAGACCCAGCAAGUGAACCAGGGCCAGAUCUUCCAGAUGACAUUUAGGGAUAACAACUUUAUAAAAGAUUUCCCCCAGCUUGCCGAUGGGUUAAUGGUGAUUCCCCUCCCUGUCGAGGAGCAGUGUCGAGGGGUUCUGUCGGAGCCGUUACCCAACCUGCCUCUCCUGACUGGAGAAGCCAAGCACAGUGAAGCUAUGGGAUACCCCAUGGUGCAACAGUGGAGAGUCCGCAGUAACCUGUACAAGGUGAAGCUCAGCGCCAUCACACUGUCAACAGGGUUCUCUACAGUGCUGAAGGUGCUAAACGUGGACAGCAGUCGAGAGGAGCUGCUUGCGCUCAUCCAGCAGCAUGGCACACACUACAUUGCUGAGGCCCUGUAUGGCUCCGAGCUCACCUGCACCAUAUACUUUCCCAGCAAAAAGGUUCAGCAGCAGCUCUGGCUCCAGUACCAGAAAGAAAUCACCGAACUGGGGAGCAGGAAGGAGAUGAGAUCCAUGCCCUUCAUCACGUACCUGUCCGGGCUGCUGUCUGCACAGGUGCUGUCUGACGAGGAGCUCAUCUCAGGUGUGGAGAUCCGCUGCGAGGAGAAGGGCCACUGCCCGGCAACGUGCCACCUGUGCCGUCGGCAGGGCAAGGAGCAGGUCAGCCCGUCCCCGGUGCUGCUGGAGAUCACCCGCGUGGUGCCCCUCUACACCCUCAUCCAGGACAACGCCACCAAGGAGGCUUUCAGGAACGCUGUAAUGAGCACCUACUGGUGCACAGGAAAAGGUGAUGUCAUUGAGGACUGGUGCAGAUGUGACCUGAGUGCCUUUGAUGAGAACGGACUCCCAAACUGCAGCCCUCUGCUCCAGCCUGAACUACGGCUGGCUCCGAACCUGGAGCCAUCAAGCACCAUGGUAGCGAUGGAAUGGGUGGACAUCGAGCCUGUUAUAGGAUACAAGAUCUCAGACUUCAUCAUACAGCACAAGAAGGUGGAGGACCCACUGGAGGCUGAAAUCUACACCGGGGAGGUGCUGAGCUUUGCAGAUGAUUUACUGUCUGGUCUAGGGUCCUCCUGUGUGGUGGCGGGGAAGCGACACGCAGACUUCUCCCAUUCGAUCAUCUACUCUGUAGUCUUUAAGUGUUUGGAACCAGACAGCCUCUACAAGUUUACGCUCACGGCAGUGGACAGCAGAGGAAGGCGGUCAGACUCGAGCUUCGUCUCUGUGAGAACAUCCUGCCCCAUGGUGGAUGACAGCAAGGCUGAAGAAAUUGCAGACAAGGUCUAUAAUUUAUACAACGGCUACACCAGUGGCAAGGAGCAGCAGAUUGCCUACAACACCCUCAUGGAGACCUCCCCCUCCAUGCUGUACCGCAUCCAGCACCACUACAACUCCCACUACGAGAAAUUCGGGGAUUUCGUCUGGCGCAGUGAAGACGAGCUUGGACCAAGGAAAGCCCACCUGAUCCUGAGGAGACUGGACAGAGUAAGCAGCUACUGUGCCACAUUGCUCCACAGUGCCUUCAUCCAAAGCAGGACUGAUACAGUACCCUAUCUCUUCUGCCACAGCGAGGAGACAAGACCAGCCAACAUGGUCUGGCACAGUUCUUUACAGGACACCAAAGUGACUUGUGUUGAAAAGCUGAUGUCAAUUCCACGAAACACAUACGGAGACUCCAAACUACGAUGAGCGGGACUGAUCUUGCUCUUCAAACACAUUUACAUGGGACUGUUUGUUUGUUUUUUACAAGGGAGAGAAGCUAACAGUGAAACUUUGGAGACAAAAACCUUGCUCAUGAACAUGAGCCAGAGAGAAUUGACUCCACUAAACUGUUUCUUUUUCUAACUUAGUGGCAUUUAAGUAGAUUGCUUAAGGUGUGAUGUCAGAGCAUGUAAAUGAUUUAAAAAAAGACAACUAAAUGAUGAAAUACCAUACUGCAGAGCUAACUAGGGUUGUGAAAAGUGCUGCUUGGGUUAUAUUUUGAAAGUUCAACAUGUCCAGACUUGAAUCUUACAAUAGGGUUGCAUAUCCCACCCCCUGUAAUGUAUCAAGUUCUUGGGUUUGUUUACACAAUAAUGUUCAGUGUUUAUUUGGUGGUGGUUCUGUUUUAACUCUAAUAUUUGGAUAUCCAAGAGUCAAAGAAGUACAGUAAAGGCCAUGGUUUCUGUUUUCUCUUGUCUCAUGUUUGUUAUGCUGUAUUUUAUUGGAGCAGUA